AUGGAUGAGGAUCGAAUGACAAAUGAGAUAGCACGCAUAUUGUUACACACCAUCACCGGGCGAGAUCCCCCUAAAAAUGACUCCGACCACUCAUAUGUCAUGUCCCUGUGUUCAAAGCAGCACAGGGAUGGGGAGUUUUCUACCUAUAUGUACCCUGAUAACUUACCACCAGGCGACAUCUUUGUCGACCGCGUCGGAUGGAUGUCCUGUGAGGAGGUUGCGCGCUACCUCAUGAUGGGCUACCGCGUAUGGGACGAGAAUGGACGCCGACUUCAUUUUCACGGGACGCCUUUGGAUUAUAAUAGCCUCAACGUCUUCCGGCUCCCGAGGAAGAUUGUAUGCUCUCAGGAUGUCAGCGAAGUACCUGAUUUGCAGGUGCAGCUCGAAGCAAGGAGUUUCAAUGGCAGCACUGGCGCUGAUGCAGUGCACGAGGUUCAUAGAACCCCAUCAACAGGGAGAAUCAUGCCAUGGGAUCUCCGCUUGUCUGCACCGGACGUUGACCAGGAGGGCUUGAGUAUCCUUACCCGAGUCAAGCUGGCAUUCAUCGCUAGUCGAGCUCCUGUGGCGGCACCUUGCUAUGGGCAACAUGAGUGUCUCUCUUUUGAGCCCUACGGAGGAAUGAAGCUUGGCUCAAGCCCAUUGAAGACGGUGAAAUACCCAGAGGAAAUUGAACGUAUUGUUGGGACCUAUCCGCAAAUUGGUGUUGAUGUGCCGUAUUUGUCAAUCAAAUACCCGCCCACGCAGGUCUCGUUGAGGCCCGUAGACAGCACUGACGUUCAUAGUAUGCAGCCGAACCAUGCCGGAAAGGCUCUUUGCGAUAUCUGCAGAGCUUUGGAUCUAAAAGAAAUGUUUGAAUGGGGAACAGUGGACAUUGAGCUUGAUCUUGGCCUGAUGCACGAUCUUCUCACAAAGACAUCAUGCAGCUUCUGCCGCAUCGUUGCUGUGCUUUGCAAAGAUGGUUUCGACUCCUUGAAGCGGAGCAGUCUCAACCCAGAUCCCGAUGCCGCGCGAGAGUCCGGCUUUGACAUCCAACAGCCAAUCGAAGUUACUGUUGUUCGCAACCCGAUUCUCACCCAAUCCACCAAGCCGUUAGUGAUUCUCAAACAGCAUUUCCGGACAGAAUACUAUGGACCGAUUGUGUCGCUGUGGACUGUCCGUGGGGACAUUAGAGGCAGAUACACCCUUAACACUCGGCAGUACGUUGAUUUUCAGCUGGUACGGAAGAUGGUUGACAGAUGUACUUCGGAACAUGGCUCCGCAUGCGGACAAAAGUCGAGAGGUCUUCCUGAAUCUAUGGAGCUAGUUGUUGUGGACGUCAUUCAAAUAUGCCUGGUGACAGUCGACGGGAGCGAGGUUGAUUUUAUCACCCUGAGCUAUGUUUGGGGAACUGGUCCGAUGGUCAAAACGACGAAGCAAACGUUUGGCCAUUUUCAAAAACCAAGAUCACUUGUUGAAGCAGGAGUCUCCCGAGUCAUCCAGGACGCAGCAGCAGUGGUUCAAGGGCUUGGCAAAGGCUAUCUGUGGGUUGAUGCCUUGUGCAUUAUUCAAGAUGACGAGGAACACAGGCUCAGCCAAAUUCGGCGAAUGGCAGACAUAUACGGUCAAUCAUGGCUUACCAUUGUGGCGCUAGCUGGGGAAAACAGUAGUUCGCCCUUGCCAGGGGUAUCUUACCCAAGGCCGCAGCUAGUCGAAGUAGUCCAGGGCAUGCCGAUCACGGGGAUUCUUUCAAGACUGUCAAGCAAUGCGCACAAUCAAAUAUAUGAGCGGAGAGCCUGGACAUUCCAGGAGCGUUUGAUUUCAAGACGAUGCCUCUAUAUUGGUGAGCAUCAGGUAUACCUGGACUGCGGCCACGGAGAGACGAACGACCAUGAGCAAAUUCUGCCACCAAUGGACCGUUAUAGAUGGCUGUUGGCCGCUGAGUUCAAUUCGCUAAACCUCAUAGUCAAGCACAUGGACAAGUUGAAUAUCUCUGGCUUUCAUCAGACAGAGUCCUUUUGCACCGAUCAGCUCCAAAGAUACUCUAAAAUCAUGUCUCAGUACAGCACCAGGGAGCUCUCAUUUCCGUCAGAUAUUGAGAACGCGUUUCUUGGUAUUCAAGACGUCUUAUCUCACAAACUGGGAUGGGGGUUUUUGGCGGGUCUUCCAACCGGGGUUUUUGACUGGGCAUUACUUUGGCUACCGCAUGGUCAGCUGCAAAGACGGAGGUGGCAUAAACAUGGCGAUGGUAGCACUGUUGUAUCUCCGCCUUCCUGGUCUUGGUUCGGAUGGCUUGGCAAAGUAUCGUACGCAGCAUACACUUAUCAUUCUAAGCUGGCUUUUACAUCCAUUCGUCCCAGGAUUCUAGCUUUCACAAUUGAAGCAGACGGAAAGUCAUUCCCAAUCCACCGGCAGCCCUCGGCUAUAUGGCACACGGACACGCUGGAACAGGUCACGAACAGUCUAGAAAAUCCCUCGACGUAUCCCACAGGUUCUUUGACAUAUCCGGAUACGGCUUUCCCACGGCAACAUUUUCCCUACACAAUCAUCCUCCAAUUUGAAGCAGAAGCAGUCCUCUACAAGGCUUACAAGCUGGAGAUUGAAUGGAUGACCACUGGUCCAGAUGCGGGCCAUUUGAAACAGAGUCUUCGCCAUGGCUAUAGCAGAAUAAUCAGCGAUAUGGCAGCCCAGAUCGAUGACAAUUCUCUCGACUUGAUCGCAAUGGCUGUGUGCGAUGUCAUCACGCACAGCAUGCGUGGAGGGCAGUUUGCUGAAGAGAAGACAUGGGAUUCUAAGGACAAAUUGGUCGUUAUGCUCAUACGUUGGAAAGGGCAGCUGGCUGAGCGGCUUGCAGUUGGGUAUAUGGAUCCCAAGAGGUGGCAGGAGAUUUCUCCCGUGAAAAAAUCCAUUAGAUUGUGCUAA